GUUGCUCGGCAGCCAGCCCGGGCACCCGUUUGUCCAGUUGCUGUUCGUGCGCAGCCAGUGCGCCUGGUGGUUAGGCAACCAGUGUCUAGGCCACUUUCUGUUCACCCUGUUCGUCCAGCGGUCAGGCGGCCAGCGCCUGUCGCUCCUGUUGUUCGAGUGGCCCCGGCCCCUCAGCGCCGGCAGCCAGCAGUUCCUUUACCAGUUGUUCCGGUAGAGGUUACUCGCGCUCGAGUUUCCCCUCCUCCUUCCUCUUCGAGGAAGAGGGUGGCUCAGGCCGAGCUUCCUCCACCGCCUACCCGUCGGGUUUCUGUGUUCACCCAGCUUUCUCACCCCGAGACUGCCGAGGAGACCCCGACACCCCCUCAGUCAGUAGUCCCUAUUCCUUCAGUACCGUCUGUGGGUACUGAUGUAGCGUCUUCUUCUACCUCCGACCUUGGGAGAAGG